AUGAGUGUUAAUAUACCGAAACUAUCAGAGUCUCCGAAAGUCUCUGAGUUGAGUGAUUUUUGCCCGGCACUUAACUUAUAUCUUAAACCAAUUGCACGUGUUUGUAUAACAGUUCAGAUCCCCUUGCUCCAUGAUACAUCUGGUCAGUUAAAAUCCUUCACUACGUGGGAAAUAAUCGAAAAAAUUCGACAACUUUGUCCUGGAAUACUUGCCCCAUCAACUGUGAUGAAAGUGGUUCACACUACAUUAGAAUUCGUUAGGUUUUCGGUUGAUCUGGAAUGUAAAUCAGAUGUCAGACGUGUUGUUACAAGUUUGGAAAGUCAGUUCAUCAAGUUAAGUGGCUUUCCGCAAAAUCUUCGAGUUCGUGCAAGUGAAGCUCCUUAUGACUGUCCAAGACGUCAUGAUUGGGAGGCAUUUUUUCGUGAUGCUCAAAAUAUGGAUGAAACUAAAUCUGGUGAGAGACCUGAUACUCUUGUACUCACUGGUCUUCCUGUCAGAUGGUUUGCUAGUGCAUCACACAACAGACCAUGCUUUAGCGUUAAUAGUGGUUACACUAAUAGCAGUUACUUAUCGCUCCUUGUUGAUGAAGAGAAACCCAAUCCUUCAAUUCUAAAGGAAGCAUUUGAAGUAUUUGGAAAAAUUCGAGAGAUUGAUAUUCCUCUUUUGGAUCCUGCUCAAAAUCUUGAUUGUUUAGAUGAAUAUAUAAAGAAUAGUGAUGCUGUUGAAAAUUCCCAUACUACUACUACUACUACUACUACUACUACUACUACUACUACUACUACUACUACUACUACUACUUUAUUAUCUAAGACUGUCAACAAAUCUGAUGAAUCACCAUUUUAUAAUGAAUCAAAUUAUUCAAAUGAAUAUGUUGGCGGAUUUGGAAAAAUUUGUCCUGAUACAAUAGGUAUUUUAAAUCCAUCUAGCCAGUUGAAUGUUAAUACUUUAUGUACAGAUAUAGGAAUUACUUCUUCAAGUUUAUAUAAUUUGUCAAAAUUAAAAAAUCCAAUGGAUUAUUAA